AUCCGGCCUCAUCCCGGCCUCCUCCCGCAGGUGAUCGACCGGAGCGGCGCCCGGCACGGGGAAUUCGAGGACCUUUCCCGUGUCCCCAAGUACGAGAUGCCGGACAGCGAAUACGCCAAGCGCCCCGAGAGUCUCCGUGCCUUCCUGCAGCGGCGGCAGCUGGGCCGCUUCGCGGAGGCUCCGGAGGCGCCGGAGCAGCCGGACGCGGACGCGAUCCCGGUGGGCGCCCGCUGCCAGGUGCGCGUGCCGGGCCAGCCGGCCAAGCUCGGCACCGUCAUGUACGUCGGGCUCACGGAUUUCAAGCCCGGCUGCUGGGUCGGCGUGCGCUACGACGAGCCGCUCGGCAAGCACGACGGCAGCGUCCAGGGCCGCCGCUACUUCGAGUGCGAGCCCAAAUACGGGGCCUUCGUGCGGCCGCCGAGCGUCACCGUGGGCGACUUCCCGCCGGAGGACGACGGCCUCGACGACGAGAUGUGACACCGGGAAAACGGGACGCCGGGACGCCGGGAAAAUGGGACACCGGCAUGCCGGGACACCGGGAAGCGCCGCCGCCCACCCCCCACGGACGCUGCCCUUCCCUCUUUCGUUUUUUAUUAUUUUUGCGGGGAUUUUGGGGCGAAACUGGCCCUUUUCAUCUUCUUUCCCGCUGUCCCCACUGCCCAAAUCCGGGCGUUCCGGCCCUGUUUUGGUGCCAUUUCCUCGGAUUUGGGGUGGUGGCCGUGGGGAGGCUCUGAGCGCCACCCCCUGCCGCCGGCCCCGGCCGGUUUUGGGGCCAGAUCGGGUGUUUUUUGGGUCCCUUAAUUUAUUGUCCCCUCCUGGUCGAUGCCAAUAAAGCCCCUGCAGGGGGAGCC